CUCCUUUACACCUACCUACCUAGCUUCCGUGGUGGGUGGCGGCUACGUUCUUAUUUUCCUUAGAAUGAAAAAACUAUAAAGAAAAAAAGAAUAGUGUUUCUGUGUGCUAUAUGGUGUCUCGGGGACUUGUACGUGGUAGCGAAAGAGUUGGAGAGUUGGGAUAUGGUGGCAAUGGGGAACCAGUUUUUAAGCGGGGAAGUUUUACCCUUUGCAGCAAUGAUAGCGGUGGAGUGCGUGGAGGUCGCCAUUGGAACACUAUCUAAAGCUGCCAUGAACGCGGGUCUCAGCACUCUUGUCUACAUUGUUUAUUACAAUUUCCUCGGCACCCUUCUUCUUCUUCCCACCUUCAUCAUCAGACGCCGCAGAAGUGAUGUGCCUUCUCUCACCUUCUCUGUCCUAUGUAAAUGUUUCAUCCUCGGCUUGCUUGGGAUUUGUUUGAUGCAGAUAUGUCUCUUUGAAGGGCUCAAAUACAGCUCCCCAACUCUGGAAGGUGGCAUUAGCAAUUUAAUCCCUGGUUUUACAUUUUUGCUUGCUGUAAUUUUCAGGAUGGAGAAGUUAGAUGUAAGAAAAGCUAGCAGUCAAGCAAAAUCCUUGGGCACCAUAGUGGCGAUUAUAGGGGCAUCUGUCAUGACUUUGUAUGAAGGCCCAAUAAUCCUGGGAUAUACUUCAUCUUCUGAUGCCAAUAAUGCACCUGAUCAGACUGUAGAGGCACAACAGUCAAAUUGGGUACUUGGAGGCGUUCUAUUUACAGGUGCCAGUCUUAUGUUAUCUGGAUGGAAUGUUCUUCAGACAGCUACUGUAAAGGAAUUCCCUGAACAAAUUACUAUAGUGUUCUUCACUUGUUGCUUUGGGACCAUCCAAUGUGCCAUUUUCUCUCUAUUUAUGGAAAGGAAUCUAGAGGCUUGGAUCCUGGUGCCUGGAAUUGGGAUUAUAGCAGUUGUUCUUUCAGCAAUAUUUGGUGCUGUGUUCAACCGAAAUGUUACGACUUGGUGCUUGGAACAGAAGGGUCCUCUUUACGUAGCCACGUUCAAGCCCCUGUUCGUGGUCAUUGCAGCUUUCACGAGUUACUUGUUCUUGGGAGACGCUCUUCAUUUGGGGAGUGUGAUUGGAGCAAUAAUCAUUAUCGUUGGAUUUUAUACGGUGAUGUGGGGGAAGGCCAAAGAGAAAGCUAUGGUGGAGCUUGAGGAGAUUGUGUGUGAACCUGAAUCACCAAAUGGAAGAUCACCUCUGUUACACAAGUGAGCUUUCAGUCAAACACAAAAGCAAACUACUGUAUAAUACUCUUCUCUUUUCUCUAUAUGGUUAGAAAAGAUAAUGUUGUAAAAUGUUAUUUCUCAUUAA